GACUGCUGGGACCCGAUCCAAUACAUACCGCCAAACACCUAAUCCCACAGUAUUUUCUCAGUCGCCUCUCUUUCUCUUUCACAACCACCAUCACCAUGCCGGAAAAUUUAACGAGAGAGCAGUAUGUGUACAUGGCGAAGCUUGCGGAGCAAGCCGAGAGGUACGAAGAGAUGGUGAAAUCCAUGGAAAAGCUCGUCGUUGCGACGACGCCGGCGGCUGAGCUGACUGUCGAGGAGCGUAACCUUUUAUCAGUUGCCUACAAGAACGUUAUCGGCUCUCUUCGAGCGGCUUGGCGAAUCGUCUCAUCGAUCGAACAAAAGGAGGAGUCCCGAAAAAACGAUGACCACGUCAUGCUUGUCAAGGACUACAGAUCUAAGGUCGAGGAUGAGCUAUCGGAUGUGUGCUCGGGAAUAUUGAAGCUCAUGGAUUCGCAUCUGGUGCCAUCGGCAUCCACCGGUGAAUCGAAGGUGUUUUAUUUGAAGAUGAAAGGAGAUUAUCAUCGUUAUUUGGCUGAAUUUAAAGCUGGAGAUGAGCGAAAGGCAUCAGCAGAGGCUACUAUGAACUCCUAUAAAGCUGCUCAGGAUAUUGCACUGGUGGAUUUGGCUCCAACACAUCCAAUAAGAUUGGGUCUGGCACUUAAUUACUCGGUGUUCUACUAUGAGAUUCUGAAUUCAUCUGACAAGGCAUGUAGCAUGGCAAAACAGGCAUUUGAGGAAGCCAUUGCUGAGCUGGACACUCUGGGUGAAGACUCGUACAAGGAUAGCACUCUGAUUAUGCAACUAUUGAGGGACAAUCUCACUCUUUGGACUUCAGAUGCACAGGACUUGGAUGAGCCCUAAAUACUUAUGCUGUUGAAGACUGGAACAUGUAUGUCAUUGACUCUUUCUAUGAUGCUAACUAAUUCUGUCAACAUUAUCUGUUUUAUAUGCUGAAAUUGUUUGCUAAAUGCAAGAAAUAACAACAUACUUGUAUUUAUUUGUGUACUAUAGCAUCAUACUUUCAUUUCUUCUUA